AUGUUACAACGACCGGUGUGUACGUUUAGAGUCGAGCGCUACUGUGUAUCGGCUGUUCGCCGGUCUAUCCAUCAGUUUUUCACUAUUUGUCCUGGUGUAACAACGUGUGAAAUAAUGCCUAAUUUACAAUUAGCCAGUGCAUCUUUUAUUCUAAUUCAUAGAAUUUUAAAAAAUAAAAAAAAACAGAAAAAAAGUGAAAGAAGAUGGUGGCAAACUAAUUUGUAUAAUUCAAGGGACAUUUUUAGUGGGUCAGAUUUAUUAAAUACUCUUCGGCGACAGGAAAUGAGUGGGCAGUUCAGAAAUUUUGUAAGGAUGUCUUCUACUGAUUUUGAAUACUUAAUUAAUUUGAUCGGACCAAAAAUUUCAAAACAAGACACUAAUUUUUGGAAAGCAAUUCCAGUACAGGAGAGGUUGGCCGUCACAUUACGGUUUUUGGCAACUGGUGAAUCAUACCAAAGUUUACAGUACCUUUUUAAAAUUUCAAAACAAAUUAUUGGACAAAUUAUUCCAGAAGUAUGUCAAGCAAUUGUAGAAGAAUUAAAAGAAAAUAUACAGGUACAAAUUUUAUAA